AUGCCUCGACCCAAACGUAGAGUCGCGUCUAGGCGCACCGCUGCGCCAGUCCCCAGCGUUGCGAGCCCAACACCAACACCAACACCACCCGCGGAGUCCACCAGUAGCGAUAUAUACGAUGUCAGCGAUCGCGAGAAGGAGAAGCAGCGCCUAAGACGAGAAUCCCAAGGAGAAGUUCUUGCGACCCGUGUAGUAUCCAACCGCCGCCAAGCAGCGGCGCUCGCAGUAGCGCAAAAAAGACGCGAUUCCGCCAUGGAGAGACUUGAUGAUAUCACGUCCACUUCCACCGCGAUUCUGAACACAGCAGAUGAUGAGUCGGACAGCUCAAUUGAGAUCGAGGUUGGCCGACGCGCCGCCGCCACGCCCGCACAAGGUAGAAUGGUCGAGGUCUCGGGACUCGAUCUGGACGACGAUAUGUUCGCCGACCUGAACACGUCCUUCGACACUGCCGGCCCCGCAAGCGCGCAGCGCUCUAAUGAAACAUCCACCAUGUCUGCCAGUCGCUUCAAGCGACGCCCCCGCGCGGGCAGUUUUCUGAGUACGGACCAUGCUCCCAUAAGACCCAGCAGUCGUGCCGGCCCCAACACACCUGGUAUCAGCACGGCAUUCAACAUUGGCGUGUUCAAGAGAAGAGCGCGCGAGCCUAGUAUUCUGGGCACCGCCCAGAAGGAUCGACCCCAACGGCCAGAGCCAGAUAGUGACGGCGUAGACGAAUCGGACGACCAAGCAGACGAGGAAUCCGCCGAACAUGAUGCAAGACAAGUAACAAAAGUGACCACUGCGGAUUUGACUGGACUUCUUCCCCGGCGCCGGCACAGGAACGCUAGGGCGGAUGCCUUGAGCGCGAAUGACUCGGAAGAUGAGGUUGACGUUUCAGGAUUGGGCAACGAUGACGACGAGCUUUCAUACCUUGAUGUACGCACCCGCAGGCGGCCCGCGAUGCCGCUCUCACGAGUAGGAACCGCCAACCAGAGCUCAGCGCGAGGCAAGGGCAAGCAGACACCAGCCUCCACAAAGCAACCUAAACGGACUUAUGGACGACCGUCAUCAGAUAAAGAAAACAAGGACGAGGAUGAUGAGGAGGAAGAAGCAGGAGAAGGUCUGAUCCUGGUGCGUCCUGAUGGUACGGAAACUAGCGAGGAGCUGCAGGCCCGGGUGGGUGAGGAACUCAAACUGGCGGCGCGGAAAUUCCAGGAGGUCGAUAAAUGGGAGCUGGAAUACGAGGAAAUGACACAAAGCAGUUCGCCGCGCGAUGCUCGGUAG